AUGUUGCACGAACAACCACGACAGCUCACAAAGGGACUUUUCGAAGCCGUCGGGUUGGUCCGAAAUCUUCGAAGAAUCCACUUCGACGACUUCGUCAUCUGUAUUGCCACCGUCGCUACAUGGUCCAAGAGUGAGCUAUUGCACUACGCUUUCAAGCAAUUCGACGUCGAUGAAUCUGGUGUCAUGGACGGACGAGAGCUCCGUGCUUUCUGCGAAGGACUAAAGAACGAUAGCAGCUUCUACUUCGAGAGCCAAUACAGUUGUGGAUCUGCAAGAUUUAGCCAAAGGAUCAUCCGAGUUCCAAGUGGCGUUUUACCCGUUGUUGCAGUUGCAACAAAGUGUUCGCUCUUGUGCACCUGGCGAGCGAUUUUGGGCAAAAGUUGCGCAACGACGACAAGAAGUUGA